AUAAAUCAGUAUGCAGUUAUGCACCCUAUUUUAACACCAUCUUUGAAAUUGAGAAGACGUAAGGAGCAGACGUGCAGUACUGUUUUCAAGCUUUGAGCCUGUUGAGGCAUGAGUUUUUUGUGCAUUUUGCAUUAUUAUGUGUAUGAAGAAAAAUUGUAAUUAACAUGUGUGUUGCGCUAGUAAGAGUAAGGAAGUGUAAAGGGUGGCAAAAGAAUGGAAUAAAGAGGAGUUUGCCACGUAAUGAAGUGUAAAGGAUAGAGAUAAAUAACCAGCCAAAGUAAAAGGGUACGCAACUAAAGAGAGAAUUUGCCAACCUUUGCUUUCUUCUUCGAUCAAAAAAAAAAAAUCCUUUUCUUUCUUCGCCGGCGUAAUGAUGAGAUUCUAGCAUGAAAUGCAUUGGAACAGGAAUAUAAAACUUACUUGGGAUGCAAGUCUGAUAGGCCGGCCCCUUAAGAUGCACACUGAAUACUAUUCUUUCAGUCCUUUUUGUGUUGAUAAAUAUAUGCACAAACGUCAGUAUUAGUUGCCACUUCCACUUAUAGCUACCUCGAAGGGAAGAAAUGUCUUCUGCCAGAAAUACCAUGACCGGCAUGGACAGUGAGAGCAUCAAGAAAUACUUGUUCCAGACAGCCAUGAAAAGCCAAUGGGAAGAAGUUGUCCGAGCAUAUAGGCAAAACAAGCAGGCUCACAAGGCAAGGAUCACCAAGUCAGGUGACACAGCAUUGCACAUAGCAGUGUUAGAUGGCCAAGAGGAACGUGUUGAAGAACUAGUAAACCUGGUUUCCGAAAAGGAGCUGGCGCUGGAGGCGCUGGAAAUCCAAAAUGAGCGAGGGAACACCCCUCUCCAUUUGGCUGCAGCACAGGGGAAUGUGAGAAUGUGUGAAUGCAUUGCCAAAGGUCGUGCUUCUUUGGUUGGUAUUUUCAACAAAGAUAAAGAGACGCCUCUCUUCUUGGCUGCUCUCCAUGGUAAAAAAGAUGCCUUCUUGUGUCUCCACUACAUUUGUACUCCUAAGAAUCCUGACAAGUCUCCUCCUAAGAAUCCUGACAAGUCUCCUCCUCAGAGUUCUGACAAGUCUCCUCCAAACUACAAUUACUGUAGGAGGGAAGAUGGAGAGACUAUCUUGCAUCGUGCAAUUGCUGGGGACUACUUUGAUUUGGCAUUUCAGAUAAUAGCACUGUAUGAAGGUCUAGUUAAUUCUGUUAAUGAAGUAGGGUUUUCCCCUCUCCAUCUUCUGGCUAGUAAGCCUUCUGCCUUUAAAAGUGGUAGCCACCUUAGACCUUGGAGCAUAAUCAUUUACCACUGUAUAUUGAUCGAUGAGCUGAAGGUGGAAGAAGCAGAUCACUUCCAUGAGCGGGUAAUUAAGACAAUUAACUCUGAAAAGGCUUCAGAAUACCCAGAAAACUAUAAAACCUGCAUCAACUUCUUGCUAGUGUUCUGGAAGAUGGCUAAAGCAUUAGUUACUCGUAAAGAAGACGGCCAUAGAAUGCAGGGAACGAAUAUUCCUGCAGGAAAAGGAUCUACAGAUCCAGAGAACCCUGAACCUAAAGGAGGAAAUCCAGGUCAUUACAAUGCCUGCUUUGAUUAUGUCAAGCUUUUAUCAAAGGCAAUGCUGAUUGUUCUUGGACUAGGGUCUACGGAGAUACAGAAGAUAAGGAACAAGAAAGAAAAGCACAAAUGGGCUGUUCAGAUCAUGGACAAGCUAUUAGAAAAAGCUUUAAUGUAUGAAUAUGAAGACAGUGGUAUGAACCCGCAGGAAGCAACAACGGAUGAAACAAGGCCUUACAAAAUUUCUGAUGGUGGCCACCAUAUCACCCUUGGAGACAUUCAAGUACCAGAAGGAGUCAUUGGAGAAGGGUCAGAAGUGACACAGAAUAAAACCCCUUAUGAGCUGGAAAAGAAGGAAACACCGAUAUUGAUUGCUGCGAAGAAUGGCGUGACUGAAAUGGUCGAGAAGAUCCUAGAACAUUUUCCAGUGGCCAUACAUGACCUUAAUGCACAGAAAAAGAAUAUAGUUCUGUUGGCUGUGGAGCACACGCAACCCCAUGUGUACCAACUCUUGCUAAAGAGAAAGAUCAUGAGAGAAAGCGUUUUCUGCAAAGUGGAUAAAGAUGGCAAUAGUGCAUUACACCUUGCAGCAAAGUUGGGAGAUUACAAGCCUUGGCUAAUUCCCGGUGCUGCCUUGCAAAUGCAAUGGGAAAUCAAGUGGCAUGAGUUCGUGAAAAACUCAAUGCCGUUCCACUUCUUCGUCCGCUACAACCAGAAAAGCCAAACCGCAAGGGACAUCUUCACCGAAACCCACACAGAGAUCGUUAAAGACGGCGGCAAUUGGCUGGCCAACACCUCCCAAUCAUGCUCCGUCGUCGCCGCCCUCAUCGCCACCGUCGCCUUCGCCACCGCAUCCACCGUCCCCGGCGGCACAAAAGAGGAAAACGGCAAGCCCACCUUCGAAAACCAGCCGGCGUUCGACGUCUUCAGCAUCGCCUCUCUCGUCGCCCUUUGCUUCUCCGUCACGGCAAUGGUGAUGUUCCUGGCCAUUCUGACGUCACGGUAUCAGGAGAGGGACUUCGGGAAAGAGCUGCCGAGGAAGCUCCUUUUUGGCCUGACGUCGCUGUUUGUGUCCAUCGCUGCGAUGCUGGUAUCUUUUUGCGCCGGACACUUCUUCGUGCUGAAAGAUGAGCUGAAAUACGCGGCGUUUCCGGUUUAUGCAAUAACGUGUUUGCCGGUGUCGUUUUUCGCCAUAGCACAGUUUCCGUUGUACGUUGAUCUGGUGUGGGCUACGUUUAAGAAGGUGCCGCAGCGGAGUUACAAGGACUGAUCGUUGAUAACUUAGAAAAUGUCGAUAUUUGAGUUAUAUAUAUAGUCAUCAAAAAAGUCAAAAGUCCACUCUCACCAUUAGCAUUUUUGAUGCACCAAGUGUGUCUGUUGUUUUUCUUGCCUUUGCGUUUGCUUAGUGUUGCUUUCUUGGUUGUAUUCCUCUUUGCUUGCCCUUGUGGCUUAAUGAAUUCUCAUUAUCGACCCCAAAAAAAAAAGUGUGUCUUUUGUAAGAUCUCUAUUGUAAUUUAGAGCCCAAAGCCCGCAAAGGACAUGAAACAUGCAAGCUUAGAGCCUGCUGAAAAAAGGGGCUUGUUCAGAUU